AUGGUUCGCGCUCUUUCUGUUCUAGCAUUGAUAUUCCUCGCAUUUGCUCCAGCCGAGUCUGCUCGAACGCUGCAGAAUGGAGGCCACCAAGCUUCGCUAGUUCAGGGUAAAGCCCAGGGAGGCGGUUUCCAGGGUCGAUUCGCAACGGGAGGUCCGCAUUCACAACAAGGUCGCCAGGCUCCGGUGUCGAAUAUCCCCAAAGUCAGUAAUAAAGCGCAUUUGGUCAGAGUUGGAAAGAAGGAGGACUUGACAGUUGCACUCGAACAGCCAUACGAGGCCUUGUUCGGUCAAAUAGGUGUCAACAAACACAACUAUCGCAAUGGUGUAUACGCUAGCAUGAAGGAGUUCAAGUCGACUUUACUGCAAGAUUAG